AAAAGGCACCUUAAAGCAGUCUCAGCUUUUUCAGCGUGACGCGAAAUUCAACAGUAUUUAGUAAUGAACGACAACGAGAAUGAUGAAAUGGCAACGUUGCAGACAUGCGGAGUUUGUGGAACACUUUGCAAUGUUGACGAAGUGUCAGACCACGUAUGUCUGAAGGGAUACGGGUGUUAUAUUAAUAAGGCAGAACGCUAUUUUUAUCCACUUUUAGAUGAUGGAAGGACGUAUCUGUGCCGUGUUUACAUUGAUGGCGUAGAGAAAGUAGUUCAGACCGACAUUGAUACAACCUUUAACCAGAAUAUACUUACAGUUACUUCCAAAAGAAAGGCCUCGAAGAAAUCGAAGAAAUUGUCGCUAGAAGAGGAAAAUAAUUUAAUUUUAGCCGUUCAAUGUAGAAGGCCUCUGUGGGACAGUAACCAACCGGUGAGCGAGAAAUCCAGGAAAAUCAGGAAACGGCUCUGGAAAGAAGUUGCCGAUGAAUUAAAUGGAGUACUCGACGCAGCUGCUGUACAGCAGAAAUUUAAGUCAUUACGCGAUACAUAUCGCAAAAUAAUUCAGUCAGAACAGUACUUCCCGAGUGGAUCUAGAAGAAAUAAAAAUGAUGGGGACUGUUACAAGUGGAGGCAUUAUAACGCAAUGGAGUUUCUUCGUGAUACCAGUCUAUCGAAGGAUACGUCGAGUAAUAUUCCUAGCUUAGAGAACGAGCUAUCAAAUAAUUCAAUGGACCAAUCAACUUCUCAAGUGCAAAGUCCGAUUCACAUAGAUUCACCCGACGCGUCAUCAUCAAGUACCCUUACGAGUCGUAAAAAGUCAAAACUCGAUAGCAAUUCCAUUAUUAACGAUAGAGUAGCUACUUUUACGGAUCCGCUCGAUAAACUAAUUCAAGUUAUUGAUAGAUGGGAAAAGACGUUAAAUGUUGCACCAGUAAAUACAAGUAAUCCAUUCGAUGCGGUAGAUCAUAUGCUACAAACAGCAGCAUUACAAUUGCGUAAAAUGUCGCCUGAACUACAAAUGCAAACUCUACAGGAUAUUGUUCAAAUGACUUUCUCUAGAUUGCAAGAAGAAAUGAAGAAUAAUUAAAUAUCUUUUAGCUAGAUGUUUAAUUCCGAUAAUUUUUUAUUGACUUUUUUUAUAUUGAUACAAGCAAUUAGCUUUAAAGCUUUAUAAAUGUAAUAAAUGUAUAAAUGUAAUAAAUGUAUUAAAACAAUA